CUCCCACUAGAUAAUACUGCAGACCUGACUGUGGUAAUUCAGCCAUUUGUAACACAAGAAACAAUUAACCAUGCAGAUCUUUGUAAAAACACUCACUGGCAAGACCAUUACCCUAGAGGUGGAGUCCAGUGACACUAUUGAGAAUGUUAAAUGCAAAAUCCAAGAUAAAGAAGGCAUCCCACCGGACCAGCAGAGGUUAAUCUUUGCAGGAAAGCAGCUGGAAGAUGGACGGUCUCUUUGUGACUACAAUAUUCAGAAGGAAUCAACGCUACACCUUGUUCUUCGACUGAGAGGUGGUAUGCAGAUCUUUGUAAAAACCCUAACUGGCAAGACCAUCACCCUAGAAGUAGAAGCCAGUGACACCAUUGAUAAUGUUAAAUGCAAAAUCCAAGACAAAGAAGGCAUUCCACCAGAUCAGCAAAGGUUGAUAUUUGCUGGAAAGCAGUUGGAAGAUGGUCGUACACUUUCUGACUACAACAUCCAGAAAGAAUCCACCCUGCACCUUGUACUCCGACUAAGAGGUGGUAUGCAGAUAUUUGUAAAAACACUAACUGGCAAGACCAUCACACUAGAGGUAGAGCCCAAUGACACUAUUGAUAAUGUUAAAUGUAAAAUCCAAGAUAAAGAAGGCAUCCCACCAGAUCAACAAAGGUUAAUCUUUGCAGGAAAGCAGUUGGAAGAUGGACGCACCCUUUCUGACUACAACAUCCAGAAAGAAUCCACCCUGCACCUUGUACUUCGUCUGAGAGGUGGUAUGCAGAUCUUUGUGAAAACACUGACUGGCAAGACCAUCACCCUAGAGGUAGAAGCCAGUGACACUAUUGAUAAUUGUAAAAGCAAAAUCCAAGAUAAAGAAGGCAUCCCACCUGAUCAACAAAGGUUAAUCUUUGCAGGAAAGCAGUUGGAAGAUGGACGCACCCUUUCUGACUACAACAUCCAGAAAGAAUCCACCCUGCACCUUGUACUUCGUCUGAGAGGUGGUAUGCAGAUCUUUGUAAAAACCCUGACUGGCAAGACCAUCACCCUAGAGGUAGAAGCCAGUGACACUAUUGAUAAUGUUAAAUGUAAAAUCCAAGAUAAAGAAGGCAUCCCACCAGAUCAACAAAGGUUAAUCUUUGCAGGAAAGCAGUUGGAAGAUGGACGCACCCUUUCGGACUACAACAUCCAGAAAGAAUCCACCCUGCACCUUGUACUUCGUCUGAGAGGUGGUAUGCAGAUCUUUGUGAAAACACUGACUGGCAAGACCAUCACCCUAGAGGUAGAAGCCAGUGACACUAUUGAUAAUGUUAAAUGUAAAAUCCAAGAUAAAGAAGGCAUCCCACCAGAUCAACAAAGGUUAAUCUUUGCAGGAAAGCAGUUGGAAGAUGGGCGCACCCUUUCUGACUACAACAUCCAGAAAGAAUCCACCCUGCACCUUGUACUUCGUCUGAGAGGUGGUGUGUAGGUCUUUGGGAAAUCCCUGACUGGCAAGACCAUCACACUAGAGGUAGAACCCAGUGACACUAUUGAUAAUGUUAAAUGUAAAAUCCAAGAUAAAGAAGGCAUCCCACCAGAUCAGCAAAGGUUAAUCUUUGCAGGAAAGCAGUUGGAAGAUGGACGCACCCUUUCUGACUACAACAUCCAGAAAGAAUCCACCCUGCACCUUCGUCUGAGAGGUGGUAUGUAGGUCUUUGGGAAAUCCCUAACAGCCACAACAGUAAAUUAGAAACUAAGAAUUUUGUCAGUACAAAAAAUGUUAUAUGCAAAAUUUAAAAUAAAGAAGAUGAUCCACCAGACCAUAAGAUGGAUCUUUACUGGGAAGCAACAUGAAGAUGGCCACACCCUUUUGGAAUGUAACAUCCAGACAAAUGCAAACUUCAUCUUGUACUUUGGUUUAGUGGGGAACUACUAAAGAGUCAUUACUGAUUGGACAUCAAUAAAAUAAAAUAUCUGUGAAGUUAUAUCAUAUAUAAUAAAUAAUUUUAGUGUGUCAUCUAAA